AUGUUAAUAAGUGAAAGAGAUUUCUUUCAUCAUGUUAACUUAUCACUUGCACGUCGUCAUCAGUUUGAUACAAUUCUUCGUUUUCUUUCAUUCAACGAUAUUCAAUCACUUGUAAUUGAUAGUGAUGCAUCUCCACUUCAAUUAACUCGUUGGCCUUAUAUGCUUCGUUUGAGAACUCUACGUAUCAUUGGUGUACAUAAUCAUGAUGAUCUUUCACACUUUGUUUUGCUUCAUGCAGCCACACUCACUCAUCUCAUCAUUAAAUCAAACGCAAGACUAGUUCCGGAUGGUUCUUCGAUUAAAUUCAGAUAUCCACUGGGCGACAUGGUGCAGUUAAUAAAUAAUAUUUUGCUUUUUCAAUUGCCUGCACUUCGAUCUCUCGACUUGGGCAUGGAAUAUUACGGGACACGUUGGCCCAUUACCACUGCCAUAGUUCCUCUUACAUAUCUGCGUCUUGGUUUGCCGACUAUAGAUAUUUUAGUUCAUCUUAUAUCAACACCAUCACUCUCGAACACAUUACGUCAAUUACACGUAAAAGUACGUAAUAGUAUCUUCAAUACUCAAACUCCUAUAUCAACGACGAAUCUAUCGAUUCGAAUGGUUAAUUUACAUACAUUUACUCUUUUUCAAAAAUUUUUCUCGGAAUUAACAAUUGAAUGGACAGUUUUCGAAACUCUAACAUCGUCCAAUGUAAUGCCUGUUCUUCGACGUGCUAAUGUGUCCAUUUUUAUUAAUGCUAACGAUUUAAAUCGUAUUAGUUCAUCACCACUUUUUACGGAUCAUCGUCAUGUUGAUGUUAAUUUUGCUUUCAAUCUUAUAAAUUGUCCUCAGUACAUCAAAUUGACUCAAUAUAUACCACGUGGUCAUCGUUUUCAUCCACGAGAUAUAGUCGGUGCAACAUUCGUUGUUAAUCAUUGGUCUGACAGAUCAGAAUGGCUCACUGAUGGCGAUCCUUUUAGGCGUGGACGUCAAUAUGAUCAUCAUAUGUGGUACACUCUUCCUUGGGCAUUUGACGAGUUCUUUCAUGAAUAUGUUCCUUACAAAUGUAUCACUAAAAUACAAGUGUUUGAAGCACCUUCUAAAAAAAUGACGACAAUUAAUCAAUCAUCUCUUCGUGCAUUAGAUGCAUCAAGUCAAACAUUGCCGCUACCUAUAUGCUCUUUACCUUAUGUGGCACUAUCAGAUUGCAUUGAAACAUUACACUUGUCCUAUCGUAAUAGACCUAUUCGUAUACACUUAUCCGCUCUUCGCAAUAUGACUCUCGUAAAUAGUGUUAAUUGUCUGAACAAUUGUUCUUCAUUUCCACCAACUAUUCGUUCUAUUCGUAUUCUACUUUUUCAUACUUAUCCUAACUAUGUGGAACCAAAUUGGCCAAUAGUUUUAUAUUCACUUUCAAAGUUGCGACAAUUGAGUUCGUUACGUGUAUUUAUGUACGACUUGCCAAAAGCCGUCGAUAAUGGAAAUUGUGAAAUGAUCGCAAACAUAGCAUCGUCGUUCAGUGAUUUUGGCUUUUACUUUCGAUAUAAAUUUGACACAUCCGAUGGUAGUGAAUACGAAACUAUAUUUAAAGAUCAUAGAAAUUUUAUUAAACAGUUAUGUCAUGAUAUACUUCAGUUGUCUUUUGACAAACCACCUUAA